AUAACCUUCGAAAUGAUUUGACCCUCAACAUAGUGUGACAAUUAAUUCAUAACCUCCGGAGGCUCAUUUAAGCCCUCAAAUAAUUCUAUCCUAAACGCAACACCCUGAAGUCUGUCAUUGUUUGUUGUGACCUAUUCCCAUAGCAACUGGUAAUAUGGAGCCCAUCAAGCUCAUUGUCGUCGGACCAGCUGGGAGUGGAAAAACAACAAUUUCUAAUUUUCUCGCUGAUGCAACUGAGAUUCCCUUCGAGUACAGGCCCACUCAAGGUGUUAGGAUCGUGGAAUUUGAUGUUUCAAAUGUCAAUGCAAAAAAUAAACAGACAACAGUAGAUAUUGAACUCUGGGACUGCAGUGGAGAUCGCAAGUUCGAAAGCUGCUGGUCAGCAUUCAGAAAAGACGCCCAAGGUGUUAUAUUCGUAUACUCCAAACUCACCCCAGACAUCGUCUGGGAGCUGGAGAAAUUGUACGAUUAUUUCGUCACGCAGACGAAGCUGGAGCCCAAAAACUGUGUAGUUUUUUACUUCGCUGGAGACAAGUCUCACUUCGACCCACCAAAACGAAUAUCUCCAGCAUUCGCGAAAAUAUCCCAAGUGCACUGCAACAUCGAGGACGAUGGAAACAAGCUGAAAAGCGAUUUCCAGAUAUUUUUGGGAACUCUGAUGACGAUGAUCCAGGAGAAGAAAGAACAGGAGGAAAAUAUCAUCCUCAGGGAUAAUACAAUGAGCUUCAGAUGAAGAUGAUUCAUCAAGUUGAUUAUUUAUUCUAAAAUUCGUUUAUCCUCUCUUCGAUAAUUUAUUUGAAAAAAUAAAAUGAGGAAUGAAAUUGAUCAACAAUUCCCAACGAUUUUCAUCUUCAUGUACAUUUAGGAUAAUAUUCACAAAUUGAACAUGAAUGACAGCAUGACAUUCAAGAUUUUUGGUUGAGGAAAUCCUUGACUGCCCUCCAGGCACGAUUGACUUGCUCCAGAGUGACUUGAUGACUC